AUGCAUAUAGAGAAGAAUGUUUGCGAGAGCAUCAUUGGAACUUUGCUUAACAUUCCAGGUAAAACAAAGGAUGGAGUAAAGUCUCGACUUGAUCUUCUCGAAAUGGGCUUAAGGCCUGACUUAGCACCAAGGUUUGGGUUGAAGCGAACUUAUCUUCCUCCUGCAUGCUAUACUCUUAGUAGAAAGGAGAAGAAAAUAGUAUUGCAGACUUUAGCUGAUUUGAAGGUUCCAGAAGGUUAUUGUUCAAACUUUAGAAACCUUGUGUCCAUGGAAGAGCUAAAGCUUAAUGGUCUUAAGUCCCAUGAUUAUCAUGCACUUAUGCAGCAACUACUACCAGUAGCAAUAAGAUCCGUGUUGCCUAAGCAUGUCAGAUAUGCCAUUACAAGAUUGUGUUUUUUCUUUAAUGCACUUUGUGCAAAGGUGGUGGACGUGUCAAGAUUGAAUGAUAUACAACAGGACAUAGUGGUGACUUUGUGCUUGCUAGAGAAGUAUUUUCCACCUUCCAUCUUUGACAUCAUGCUUCAUUUAACAGUGCAUUUGGUAAGAGAGGUUAGAUUAUGUGGACCAGUGUAUAUGAGAUGGAUGUACCCAUUUGAAAGGUACAUGAAAGUCCUCAAGGGUUAUGUUCGAAAUCAUAAUCGUCUAGAAGGGUGCAUUGUUGAGUGCUAUAUCGCAAAGGAAGCCUUAGAGUUUUGUACAGAGUAUUUAUCGGGCAUGGAUGCAAUUGGGAUUCCUUCUAGUAUGAAAGAUGAAUGGAAAUGUGGGAAACCAUUACUUGGUGGUCGUGCAAUAACUAUUCAUGAUUAUAAAUUGGUGGAGCAAGCACAUCAUUAUGUUCUACAAAAUACAACCAUUGUUUCAGAUGACAUAAGUAAGAAAGAACCUAUUAAAAAGGAACUUAAGUGGCUUGCACAAGGACCAAGACAACAAGUUCUUACGUACCCUGGAUAUAUCAUUCAUGGUUGUCGUUACCACAUCAAGAACCGUGAUGAGGCACGAGUCAACCAAAAUAGUGGUGUUAGUAUUGUGGCAUCGACCAUGCAAAUUGCAAGUUCCAAAGAUAAGAAUCCUGUGCUUGGUGACAUGUGUUUUUAUGGCAUUAUCACAGAGAUAUGGGACCUUGAUUAUAACAUGUUUAACAUUUGUGUUUUUAAGUGUGAUUGGGUUGAUAGCAAGAAUGGUGUCAAAGUUGAUGAGCUUGGUUUUACAUUAGUUGAUUUGAGCAAGAUAGGACAUAAAUCAGAUCCUUUCAUUUUGGCAACGCAAGCCCAACAAGUUUUUUAUGUAGAAGAUCAAGUUGAUCCAAGAUGGUCUAUUGUAUUAUCAAGGCCAAAAAUGGAGUUGUUUGACAUAGAAGGUGAUGACAACAUAGCCGACAAUUGUAUGGAGCAUCACCCAUUUGCGAAUGAGAUGCCUAAUAUUAAGUCUUUUGAUGAAGUUGAAGAUUAUGAUGAAAUUUGUAUGCGUACUGAUUGUGAGGGGAUUUGGAUUGAAAAUUAA